CAAAUCUUCUAUGAGUAAACAAGUCAUAUUAAUGUAAAAACUGUGCAAAAAUCUUCCUCGCAUAUAAUACAUCAAUAACUUUUAGCGGCCCAAUAAAAACGUAAUAGUGUUAGCUCAGGCAGAACUUUACUUGUUUGGUCGGACCACUGACGUCACGGGCGUUAUUAUAUAAUUUAUAGUUCCGGAACAGACUAAUGAGCGGUGUAGCAAUCUGGAAUUAUCAAAAGUGUUAUUAUUACACACCGCUCAUAUCAUUUACAGUGGAUAAAUAAACAAACUGCUACAGGUGUACGCAGUGCGCGCGCAGACGAAACUUCAAUCCAGUGUUACCUCUCAUUUUGAACAGUCUUGAAUGAAACAAUACAAUAAAUGCGCGUUUGAGAUGAAUGAAGUUAUUGUUAUUUUCUCUGUCAGCAAAAUGUUAAAUACGUAAAUUCCAUUGGAUUUUUAACAGUUAUUGGUUUUAUUUGUACAUAUUAAGUAAAAUAUCAACAAAGUGGAUUUAUACUUGAUUCUAAGAGCACAAUUGCAUUUGAGGUUUUGAAUAUUUUGAAAGACAUCACUUGUGACUUUUAUUGGAUUUCGUCGGAAGAAAAAGUGAGAAGUUCUGAAAGCUAUGGCGUUAUUUCCGGCAAACAACACGUCUUUAGUUCUAGAAGAAUAUAUUACUAAUACUACUUUAUCAUUCCAAAUAAAUGAAAAUCUCGUGGUGUUACUUCCGCACAGUUUAGUGUAUUUCUAUCAUUUCUGUGUCACAUACGUUACGUUUAUAAUAUGGAUAAUUGCUUUCCCUUCAAAUAUCUUAAUUAUCAUUAUUUUGACUAAAAAGAAACAAAUUUCGUCAUCAACUUGCGUGUACUUCCUGUCUUUAGCGUGUGGUGACUUAUGCGUCAAUUUCCGAACGCUAAAUUUCUGGCUGGUAAGGUCAAAGCUGGUAACGUACACAACGGACUUUGAAUGUCAAAUAGAGAAAGGGUAUCCACUACUUGGAAUGCUUGCGUCGUCGUGGACACUGGCUACAAUAUCAUCGGAACGAAUGCUCUGUGUUGCGAUACCGUAUAAAAUGAAAGAUGUGUGCACAACGACCCUUGCAAGGGCAGUUGUGAUUGUUAUAUGGAGUAUUUCUUUAAUCAUAGCUAUUAUGAAUGGAUGGUUUUAUCGAAGGGGCAUUACUGCCUGUGACCUUAAAUAUGACCAUCGUGACAUUUUUAUAAAUCACAUCGCUUACCUGGAUUAUUUUCUUGAUGUCGUCAUUCCGUUUUUCAUCAUUUUAGUCAAUUCAGUUAUAACACUUAUUCGGCUUCGGUAUUGGAAAACAAACACUCAUACAGGCCCAAAUGCUUUUGGAAAAUCGGUGACAGUUUUAGUGCUUUGUGUAAACACAAUAUUUUUUAUAACACAAGUACCAUACGGUAUUGUGUUCCUAGUACAACGCGCGACGGCCGAUUCGGCGUCUGAACUUCGUAUGUUAUACUUACACUAUCUGGAAGGUAUACUGCUAGUUCUCAAAUAUGUUAAUUAUUCCGUAAAUUUUUAUAUCUACUUUCUGACCGCUUCAAAAUUUAGGAAAGAAACUCGAGAUGUUUUACUUUUGUGUAAAAAUCGAGUUUUAACACUGUGUUCAAGAUCGAAGUGCUGCCAACAAUAGACAUACAAAUAUAGAGAAAAUGCUGUUUUCGUGAAGUAAAGAACGUUUGAUUAUGUAUUUCGUAACAUGUUCGCUGGAUGUCAUGAAAAUGCAUUGUAAAGAAGUGGUCAAUCAUUUGUUGAAUAAAGUAAUUAGAGCGAAUAUUCUUAGAAAGAAAAUUUAAAAACAUUAAGCCUUGACUAUAAAGUAUAGAAUAUGCUUAUUUUGCAGUUUUCAUUCAGUAAAGCUAUGCAUUUAUAAUCACUGAAGCAGUACACGAAACAAUAGAAAGAAAUAAAGCAUUAUUACAAAGCGAUGUAGAAAUCAGACCCCGUGUCUACUGCUUCAAGUAUACACUUCUUUUUCAAAUAUUAUCAGUGUAAUUAUUUCUAUUAGAUCGUUUAACCAUUUAUUAGUUUUAAGUUGAACUCUUUCCGGCGAAAAUCUUGCCAUUUCGAUUAUAUUUUCGCAACAAACGGCUUGUAACUAAUAUAAUAAUAUUAAUCAAUACAUGUAUAUAAAUCAAUGAAUGAUGUCAACAAGUACAGAACAUAUUAGAAUCGGCACCUUUAUUACACCAAUUGAUCAAGUAUGUUUAAAGCAAAAAAGAAACCUAAGAAUGUCGAUACUUCAUUUGCUAAAAAGACUAAAAUGAUAAUGUUGACAGAAGUGAAAUAAUUUAAUGCAUUAAAUAAUUCCUUUGAUAGGAUUUACAAUAAGACAACAAGCCAAUAUUAAGAAAUUACAUACGGAUUUUGGGUCAUGUGCGAGGUACAGGAUCCAUUAUCACAUAUAUCUAUAUAGCAGAUAAUAUAAUGUUCUUGGACAAACAUCAUUAUUUAUCACUUUAAUGUUCAUAGUAAAUCAAUAAGAACUUUAUUAACAUUAUUUACUUCAAGCAAUAUUUUAUAAGAAAUAAAAAAUGUCCAAAUAAUACAUUUCUUUUGUUUUUAUCAAUGUUUGAAAUACUUAUGAAAAAUGUGCCUAUUGUAGACAAAUUCAGUAAUUCCAUCAUUCAGCAAGAAUAAGGAAAAACAUUAUUACAACUUUUCUUUAUACCUGUUCAUGUUCUGUAAUUUAUACUGCAACUAGUUAAUCAAUCUGACAAAAGUUAUGUGUCUUUCAAUGAUCUACAAAAUCUCUGCAUUUAUCAAAAUGUAAAAAGUUGCAAUCUGGUUAGUUGUUUUCUACGUCCCAAAAUAAUGCCAACAUUUUUCACAGAAAACUUGACAUUUACUUUGAUAAAAAUAUAUCUGCCUCGACAGAAGAUUAUUAUUCAGAUUAAAGACUAAAUAAAUACAUUGUGUAAUAUAUAUUUUCAGACUUUAAAUAAAAUCAGAUAAUGUUCAUUUACUGGCAGUGAACAUUUAUCACCUUUACACUCUAUGUCUAAGUCUAUUUGGUUUACAUUACAUUUCCAAAACGUUCCGUGAAUGCUUGCCUCGAAAUAAUAGUUGUAUGGUUCUUUUUAUGAAAUAGCACUUACGUGUUAUACAUUGAUGGUUUCAUGUACACAUAUGCGGAACUUCAAACUUCACCAUUUACAUGUUUACUCGUUAAAUACUGCUUAAGCAUGAAUGGUAGUUUGCACUUUCCAGUGCCGUCCAUGAACAGGCUCAAUCAAACAACAACUGCAACAGAUUCAAUUUUACCGGGAUUUAGUAAUUUUAUAUUUCAAAAGUUUAAUACAAAAUAUGUGAUAUAUAUUAUUUAAUAUGCACCUGUAUUAUAAGCGCUAGAUUUUAAUGAAAAAUGUCUGACUACACAUGUUGCUCUAAUAUAGAUCAUUGAUGGAAUUGGUUUCAUUGUUUACUGUAAAGUGUGUAUUGUUUAACUAACAAAAUACCAUUAGCUGAAAAAAUUUGAAAUAAUAUAUAUUGCAUUUAGGGAUGUAACUACAUGUACUCUGUUGUAAGCCUUGCAAAUUAGGCAGGCUCCGUGGAGAGCAAAACCCUUGAAGAACAAAACUUUCUUUUAUUGUAUCUCAUAUUCCCCAUUCAACAUAUGGUAUUGGUAUGGUUGCAAAAAUAGCCUGUAGAGUUAUUGUUUUUCAAUAAUAUUUUUACAAUGUUAACCUUUGCUAAUAUUCUAUAACAUGAAGCAUUUCGUUUUAUUUGAAUAUAUAGAUGUGUGAAGUAAGCGGCCUAGCAGCUCAGCGGCCUAGCGGCGUUAGGCCGCCAUCUUCACACAUCUUAAAAAUAUUGAAAAAAAUAAUCACACUUCUAAAUUCAGACAAAAUACCUCGAAAAUAGAUUUUGAAUACUAACAAGGAAUAUCAAUAUUAAAUCACUUCACAGCUGUUAUAUUUUUCUGGUUCUCCGUGAUCAUUGAUUGUGGCACAUUGCCGAUUGACAAACGCUUUAGCCGGUGCUAAGGGGCAUGCGAAUUUUGCACUUUUCCAUAAUCUCUCACGAAGAGACUGUAUCAAACCGAGUCUGCAAAUGUCAUAUAUUUUUGUCGUUUUUUAUAUUUUCAGAUGUAUAUCACUUUUCUUUUUUUCAAAUAACUAUUGGCAACACAAUUAGCUAUUUCCUUUAAAACAAAAUACCCAAAUAUCUUAAAUUAAGCAUUGGGAUUUAGUAAUAUUGUUCUCAAAUGUUUUUAUUUUCGAUAAAAUAAACCCAUUUCGAUUAUUAAAUAAACUGGGCAGUAUUUGAAAUUAAAACAGCAUUUAGCAAUUAUUGUAGAUUUAGUCCCCUGUGUAAAUGUUUUUGAAAUGUUGCAAAGCAAGCAUGCCUUUUUGAUUGUAUAACGGAAAUGUUUAUACUGCUGUUGUUUUUUCCCCUGGAUUACGAUGCAAUUUUUGUUUACUUACGCAACUGAAACUGGAUUCCAUAAACAUCUUUGCGCUUGUACCAAACAUACAGCGAAUAAGAUUAAUAGAUGAAUAUAAUAAUUUAACGUUUUAUAAACGACAUUUAAAUAGACAGAUAACUCAAAGUAAAUAAAUAUAAAAACGCUUUAUCGUAAAUAUCUGGAAAAAAGUGAUCCUUUGGAAGCAUAAGAAACAGCAAAAUUACAUGAAAAUUGCAGACUCCGUUCUGCACAUGAGAGAUAAUGAAAACGCGCAACAUCCAUUACGCCCCCUAGCAGUGGCUUGAGCGGUUCUCAAUUCUCAACACUUAAAAUUGCUGGACUCAAUGAUCCCGAUAGGCUAAAAAUAUAACAACACUGAAGUGCGUGGCAACUUUUUACGGCUGCGACACAGCUUGACACUUGCCGUUGUGAUGUAUAAAAAUCUGGAAAGAAAUGAUUUACCGGAAGCAUUUAAACGGCAAAAUUUAACGAAAAUUACAGACUCGGUUUGAUUGAGUCUGUAUAUGAGUGAUCAUGAACAAACGCAACAUCCCUCACGCCCCAUUGUACCGGCUGAAGAGGUACUCAAUUCUCAACUAUUAAAAGUACUAGACUCAAUGAUCCCGAAGAACCAGAACAAAUAUAAAAUCACAGAAGUGAAAUUAGGGGCAACUUUUUACUGCUACUUACGGAAAUAAACGUACUGCUUAAAUAUUAUUGAAACACAUUUGGAAAUAUCUUCCAAUGGAAUCUCUAUUCAUAAAACUGUUUUACUUAAAGAAGCAAUUCAUAAGGGGUUUAUUUUCAUGAAAAAUAAUGGAUACAAUUUGAAAUCACAGACAGUUAUGAUUGUAAGCCACACAGGUCCUGUUUUUACCUGCAUGAUGAUUUAGUGAUAUGUAAAUCAAGCAAUUUACUUAAGUGAUAGCAAUGUAAUAUAUCAGGUAAUGCUCUUAGCUUGACGCACAUUUGCUUAUUGUUGACAAUUAACGAUUCACCGAUGUUUAACCAGAUGUUUAGAUUUUCUAGGUAAGUAAGUAGGUAGAAAUGAUAUACGCCGAGUAAAUUCUUGGUGAAAAAAAAAUUGUAGCAUAAUAAUCUAUAACAUAAUAUUCAAUAGUUUUUGUAAUUGCACAAGAGCGAUUAAAAGAAAUGAGUAAUUGACAGAAACAGUAAAGUACUACACAAUAUCUGAAUGUAUUCUUACCUGGAGACCAUACUUUUUACGGAAAGGCACAUUUAAGGUUCUAUAAUAACACAUCAAAACAUGUUUUUUAUUCAACAUUUCACUAUUGUCGUGCUUAAAUGUUCAAUUCUACUUAAGCCGGUGCUAGAGGGACUGGACGGUAACAUACACUUUUCAGUUUGGUCCAUUAACAGCCUCAAUCAAACCAAGCCUGCAAUAUCUUCAGUUUUUGCGUUUUGGGCGUAAUUUAGGAAUUAAGUUCUUCUAUGUUUCCUUAGUUUGUGACCGCACAUCAAUCUACGGUCUCAGAAUAUAUGUGACUAAUUACAGAUUUCAUUAACCCGUUACGACAAGCACAUUUAAACUAGACUUUUCUCUCCGAAUCUAAAGGAGGACAAAUCCAUUUAACAAAGUCAACGGCAUUUUUAUACGUUACACUGUUGGAUGUUUUUCAUAAGGAGUUUUAGUAACUUAGAAUAAUUUCAGUUAAGAAGUUUAAACAGAAUGGACAGUUGUUCACUAUGAUAGAGUAAUGGGUGUGACCUUUAUUUUUGUUAAAUGUUUUAAUUGUUAUUAUUGUAAAUGUUAUAAUCAUCGCAGUUGUAUUAUCAAAGGUAUUGUGUACCAUGUAGAUCAUGUCUUUUGCAUUAUAAACUGUUAUGGCAGAUAUUACCUAUACGUAUAUUUGAAUCAUAUAUGAUUAACAAAAAUGAUCAAUUUGUAUUAAUCACGAAGAUGCAUCGGAUUGUAAGUUAUGUGUAAAUAAUAAUUCAAUAUUUCUUAUUAAACAGGAAAACAUUGAAUUCAAUAAAG